UCAUCUUUUGCUUUAACCUGUCUCCGGUCGUAUGCAUGCUUAGUUUCACCAUGUUGUGAUGCUGCAUUUGACUCUAAAUACAUAUCUUAUUUGCAAUACAAAUGUAUAUACAUAGCUAAAGCUCGUAGUUUAACUAGUCUGAAAUAAAGACAGCCGCUCUGCAGACAUGGCAGGAGUUAUCCGGAGGCUCGACGAGACUGUUGUCAACCGCAUUGCUGCAGGAGAAGUUAUCCAGCGUCCUGCCAACGGCGUCAAGGAACUGAUUGAAAACUGUUUGGAUGCCAAGUCCACCAACAUCCAGGUGACGGUGAAAGACGGCGGACUGAAGCUCAUUCAGAUUCAGGACAACGGCACUGGCAUCAGGAAAGAAGAUAUGGAAAUUGUUUGUGAAAGGUUUACCACCAGCAAACUCCAGACCUUUGAAGACCUCUCAGCUAUUGCAACCUACGGAUUCAGAGGAGAGGCCCUUGCGAGUAUCAGCCAUGUUGCGCAUGUGACCAUCACAACUAAGACAGCCGAUGCCAAGUGUGCCUACAGAGCAAACUACAGCGAUGGCAAACUUAAAGGUCCCCCCAAACCAUGUGCUGGCAACCAGGGAACACAGAUUCUUGUAGAGGACCUCUUUUAUAAUGUGUCUACCAGGAGGAAAGCUUUGAAGAGCCCCAGUGAUGAGUACUCCAGGAUUGUAGAGGUGGUCAGCAGGUACGCCAUACACAAUUCAGGAAAAAGUUUUUCUGUCAAAAAGCAAGGAGAGACUGUGGCAGAUGUGAGGACUCUGCCCAACGCAUCUGUAGUGGAUAACAUUCGAGGAGUCUUUGGCAAUGCAGUCAGCAGGGAGCUGAUUGAAGUCGGCUGCGAGGAUCAGAAGCUCGCUUAUAAGAUGAAAGGCUACGUUUCUAACGCAAAUUACUCAGUCAAGAAAUGCAUCCUGAUCCUCUUCAUCAACCAUCGUCUGGUGGAGUCGAGUGCUUUGAAGAAAGCAAUUGAGACCGUUUAUGCUGCAUACCUUCCCAAGAACACACACCCUUUCCUCUACCUCAGUUUAGAGAUCGCGCCGCACAAUGUUGACGUCAAUGUCCAUCCCACAAAACAUGAGGUACAUUUCUUGCAUGAAGACAGCGUCAUCGAGAGCAUUCAGAAGCACAUCGAGAGCAAACUUCUUGGUUCCAACUCGUCACGCACAUAUUUCACUCAGACGAUGCUGCCAGGCCUGUCAGUCUCAGGUGGCAGUGAGGUCAAGUCCUCCAGCGCCGCAGCAGAGUCCAGUGAGCGAGUCUACGCACAUCAAAUGGUGAGGACCGACUGUCGUGCACAGAAGCUGGACGCCUUCCUUCAGCCAAAAGAGAAACCACCUCCUGAUCCUGAACCUUCUGGUCCUAGCAGCAGGGAGACUGUGACCAAAACCUCCCUGCCUGACAGUAUAGAGAUGGAUGACAUGAAUGAUGCGGACAUGCUUGAUGCCCUGGCUAAGCACGAAGCAGAGGUGGCAAAAGGCGAUGAAGACGAUGCAAGUGGCGUUCAAAGAAAGCGACCCAGGAAAGAGCAGCAGCAGGACGAAGGAGACGAGGACCUGACGGCUGCGGCCACGCCCAAGAGACGAAUCAUAAAGCUGAACAGCAUCAAAGAGCUGAGAGCUGAGAUCACUGAGAGUACACACAAAGGUCUUCAAGAGAUGCUGCAGAACCACUCAUUCGUGGGCUGCGUCAACCCCCAGUGGACUCUGAUCCAACAUCACACCAAGCUGUACCUGCUGAACAGCACCAGCCUCAGCCAGGAGCUUUUCUACCAAAUACUGAUCUACGACUUUGGGAACUUUGGUGUCCUGAGACUGUCAACACCAGCUCCACUUUAUGACCUGGCCAUGUUGGCUCUGGAGUCUGACGGGAGCGGCUGGACAGAAGAGGAUGGUCCGAAAGAAGGCCUGGCUCAGUACAUAGUGGACUUCCUGAAGAACAAAGCGGAGAUGCUGGAGGACUACUUCUCCAUGGAGAUCGACCAGGAUGGAAAUCUAACAGGGCUGCCAUUGCUGCUUGAUAAUUACACCCCCGUCAUGGAGGGUCUCCCCCUGUUCAUCCUGCGACUGGCCACUGAGGUGAACUGGGACGAUGAAAAGGAGUGCUUCAGAGACUUCAGCAGGGAGUGCAGCAUGUUCUACUCCAUCAGGAAGCAGUACAUCCUGGAGGCCGAGCCGGGAGAGGACCAGGAUGCCGAGGCGAGCUCAUGGCGUUGGAAAGUUGAGCACAUCAUCUUCAAAGCGUUCCGAACGCUCUUCAGUCCUCCGAAGAGCUUUAGCGAGGACAGCACUGUGCUGCAGAUCGCCAACUUACCUGAUCUUUAUAAAGUGUUUGAGAGGUGCUAAACCUGUCUGAAAACACACAUGCUGCUCUUUUACACUUGAUGUAACUUUUUGGUUGUAAAUAAAUACUUUGUAUAAAACAAAACUGAA